AUGCCGGGAUCAACGCGCCACCACGGUGGCGAAGAAGAGAUCGAGGAGACCGAUGAUGAAGACGAGGAGGAGGAAGCCUCCACCGAAUUUUCGGAGGAAGAAGACAAAGAAGCCGAUGUCGGUGAGGAGGACGAAGAGGGCGAAGAUGAAGAGGUCCUAAGAGGUGCUCAUAACGAAGGACCUUCGCGAUACGAUCGCAUAAUGCGUGCGCUGGGCCCACCGCCGGCAAACUCUCACAUCUAUCCGCCAUCACCGAUAGUCGAUUACCUACCGUUUUCUCCGAUGGCGACGGCAUCGAGAGAACUGACUCCGAUCCGACGAGGAGGUCAACAGACGUCCCACGCGAGCUCGAAUGACCAGUACGGCAGAGGUCCUCAUGCCGAUUUCGACGACAAUCGUGAAGCACGUAUCGAAGGCUCCUCGUACGGCGACAACGAAAACGGUGCUGAGGAGGAGGACGAGGAAGGGGGGGGGGGGCGGAGGAGGUGGUACCCAUACAACGGAAAAACUGUAAAUCUGGCGUUCGGCGAUGAGUUCCACCGCACGACGGCUGACCGAGCGCCGGACGACUAA